AUGCAUGUCAUGUCGCCGUCGAAUGUCCGUGUCCGGCCAACGCCGAUGGCGAUGGUCCUUUACGUGCUCAUUGGAGCGGUCCAGCCUCGGUCGGUGACCCGCCCGAAGUGUUUGGUGGCAUCGUUCUUGUGGCAGUCACUGUUUGCGAGUGUCCUACGCCAUCGAAAGCGGUUCAACCAAGGUCAGUGGCAUCUGUCGUGGGUGUUGCAGUUGAUAUCCCAACAAAAAUUGAAGCAAUGGUCCAAGCGGUCGGCGUCGGUGGCACAGCCCGCCAGUCACGCGUUUCUGAACAAGGUGUUACCUGUGACCGUGGAUGUAGUUCUGUUGGGGGUUGGGCAGCGCGUGUGA